CGCCUCAAGUAUCAACCGUCCUCAAUUUUGUCGUUUUAAUUUAUUGGCCGAGAAGCGCCCACGAAAAAAAAAGAUGCACAAUGCCCGGCCGCGGCAUUCGGUCCGUGUCAACGCGGCGGCAAGUUACGACAACGAACAACGUUCCGACGGAUCAUCAUCAUCAUCAUCAUCGCUUAUGCCGUUGAUGCACCUCCGCGAAGAAAACACAGUGGCUGUCAGCACGCGACCGAUCGUGCGUCACGAUUGUAUCACGUCGUCGCAACGCAUUUGCUGAACUCGUUGCAGGAGACUUGAGCGACAGUCCGAGUGAACAUUUUACGGUGCCGAUUAUGUGCUACUUUGAUCUUUUGAUGUGCAUAGUGUGACGUAUUCCGCGUUAGACCAGGUGCAGAUGUUAUGUAUCCUGCGUAUGUUACUCGCUCGAGAGAAAGAAAACAAUCUGAGAAAUAUAAUAUAUGCUGGUGUUGUGGCGUGUGGUGUUUCGUGUUUGGUGUUCGAAAAGCAGAUGUCCUAAUGUAUUUAUGAUACGACCGCUUCGAGGAAGAAACGAUGGCAACGGAGGUAGAGGAAACACCUCCGCCUCCACCAACCGGAUCUCCCUGGUACGGCAAGGUUUUCGAGUGCUGGAAAAGCCGGAAUCAAGUUGGCCCAGCUAGAAUCGAGCUGCCCGACUGCGAGUUCUUUAUCGUGGCACCGCGACGUACGCUGCGCGUUCUCAAACCGUCCCUGAAGAGCGGCUGGUAUUACGAAAGCACGACGGUCGACCGGCCGGAAUCGAUCAACGACAACUUCUUCAAUCGGUGGACCAGAAGACCGCAUCCGUCCGGAAAUUGCAGAUGCUCCUUCCGUCAAUCGAUCGGCGCGCUGAGCGCCACCGAGGAGCGAAUCAUAUCCGCGGAAUUGAAUCGCAUACGAACGAGUCUCUGCGAGGCCGAGAAAAAUGCGUGCGACAUCGAAGAAUUGGAGCAAACGGUUUCGGAGAAUCUACAAAAAUUGCAGGACUCCACAGCGGAUGAUCGUGGCGAGAUCAAUUGCCAGCCGCUCGAACAAAGUACAAAGCAACAAAUCGUCAAGGAUCUGGAAAGGUACAUCAACACGCUACUGGAUGAAGUACUUGAAGACACCGUUAAGGAUAUAACUGAUGUAGAUAAGAAUGAUGUUCAACGUUCAGAAGUCACUUGGCAACGAACAAAAACUGAUAUGAAGAAACCACAGCCCGAUGAAUCCAGAAGUGCGAUCGCGAACGACAGAGACGAUUCUUUUGUCGACACCUGUUCCCGUCUUCCGGUCGAUAAAACAACACAGGACCAAUGGAAUGUAGACAACGAAUGUAAAAAGCAAUUCACCAACGUUUCGAUAGGAGAGGGUUAUGUGAAUCCCGCUUUCGUCGGUUCCACAGACGAACUAACAUCUCUUAGCUUCAAUCGAUCCGCCGGAAAACACACUAAUUUGUAUCUCGGAAUACCGACAAAUACGGAGAGCAUAGCGCCGGAACAAUUGGAUUGCGUGGAUUCCGGAAUAAACAGCGUGGAGACAAUCGAGUUUCAACCUCCUGAUCAAGAACCAAGUUUCGAGCAGUCUCUUUUGCGUAUAAUCGACGAAAAAUUGGGAAGAAACUCUUCGACGAGUAACUUGGAGGAGGAUAGUUCCGAGAAACAGUCGCGAAAAACUGUUUUGGAAAAAGAAGAAUAUGAAAUCAAUUCGAAUGAGUUUGCAGAAACUCCAGUCGAGUUCGAGACAUCUAAGACGUUCGGUGCUGACUCACGGAAAAUCGAACGAUUGGAAGAUAUUGUCAAAGCAGAUAACUUCGAGAAACUACGUUUGGAAUUUCAGACCAACGGCACAGACUCGUUCCCAAACGGCGGAAUUUUAUCGAAGAUCGGCGCUAAAGUCGGUUCUAAGGCCAAUGAAAAAUUAAAAGAAUCUCCUCCUAUCGAACUCAAAGAUUACAGAAAAGAGUUCGAUCGAAUCUCCUCGCAAGAGAACACGCGACGAAGUCUUCGCGACUCUUCGGUGAUUCUUCGAAGAAACAGAAAACCAACCAUAGUGUUCCUACAUGGAUUCGGUUCCUCGGCGGAAAUCUUUGAGCAUCAGCUGCGAUAUUUCUCCUCCCUCGGUUAUCCGUGCAUCGCUCCGGACAUGCUCGGCCACGGUAUGAGCUCGGCGCCACGUAGAUCCAAAGACUAUCAUUUCGGCAAACUGCUCAAGGAUCUGGAUGCUGUUUUACAUCAUUACGCUUUUAAACCCGGAGAAAAAUGCAUUUUGGUGGCACACAAUUACGGAUGCAGCUUCGCUACCGCGCUGGCUGGCAAAUAUGACAACAACAUUCAUCAGCUUGUAUUAAUAUCGGGCGGUGGCCCGACUCCUCUGGCCCCGCCGAGCGCAGAAUGCGCGGGACAUUGCUGUCUCAGGGCGAUUCUCGCACCCUUUUUGAUGUGCGGAUGUCUUCACCGGGAUAUUCUAUAUUCCGCGCGAGGUCGACAGCAUCCCUACUGCGGUCAGGAAUCGAUGGAGCAAUGGCCCUCGCACAUGAAAUACGUAAUGGAAGGCAUGAUAUGGCCUCAGGGCGAUUACGCUUUUCACAGAAAGAUUUGCACGCCGACGCUUCUGGUGCACGGACUGAAGGACAAUAAAGUGUCGUUGGUGCAGGAGUGUCAAAUGGAAAGGACAAUGAUGAAAGCGUUCCUUGAAGCUAUACCAAUGGCUAGUCAUAGCCCAAUGACCGAGUGCCCGCAACAGCUAAAUCACAUGAUACAUUGUUUCAUCGAUUUGUGGAAGAACAAGAAAUGGCAACAGUGAUAUUACGUAAUUCGAAUCUAGAAAUAAUAGCCUGAACUGUUGUAUCAUACCGGAAGUGUAUCAAAUGAGUCGAUCAACAGUGAAUCAAUUAGCUAAACGUAAUAUAUCCAACUCAACGCUAUAUUUUAACUAAAAAACUCAAGUAUUUUUUAUGAAUAUUUUAUCUAAAGGCUGCGGAACACAACGUGUUUUCUUGUAGAUCGCAUGCGAGAAUCGACCGAUUGUGAGUUGAUAAUCAACGAGUUGUCAAAUUGCACGCGAUGCUCGCGUGCGGUCUGAAAAAUCGUGUAUCGCGCGAAGGUGUUUUAGAAGACUUUUGAUUCGAUCGAACGAUGAGAUGAAUUACACUCGUGCAGCCUCGUAAGAAAUGUGUGUGCCAAGAUUUGUAUAGAUAAAUACAAAAUCUCAUAUUUGCCUCGAUCACUCCUUGAAAUAACUUUGAUAAAGUAAUUUUUAGUAUAAAUAUUUAUAUACUAUUUUUUACAUGACUCUAUUUUAGAGACUUGUAGAUUCACUUAGUCUAAUUGAAUCACUAUAUUCAAUAUAAAUAUCGUAAAUGAACUAUACGUAAACUCGUGUCAUCCCGUUUAAAUCGACAAAUUUUUACUCGAAACAAGUUUUUCGUCCGCCACAUAAAAGUUAUUCAAAGUGAUCCAGCAAAUAUUAAAUAUAGAGGCUAUGGAUAGGAAAUGGACAUAGACUUUUUAGCGUAUAGAUUUUACCAAAGAUCAUUUAAA